UCAACCCUCUUUUCUAAAGUAACAGCUUUGAGUCAAUUCAGUCUCUACCAAAUGCAAACCACACAUCAGAAAAACCCUAUCUUGAUUUGGUUAAUGUUUUCCUUCAGAGGACUGUUGUCUGUCCAUGCUUCUUGCAAGUGAAGUUGUGCAGAAACUCUCGCUGUCUCUAGUCCUUUUGCGAGGGUUCACAUAAACUCUGCAUUUGAGCACUUCAACAAUAUGAUAUAAUGUCAGCAUUGCUGUCGACUCGAGCUUGCAAAUGUCAACCUUUAUUGUCCCUGUUACUGAUAAAGUUAGAGAAAACAGACUAAUUUUAACACAGUUUCUAAAUGAUUUUGAUUUUGCUUGUGGAAAAGCAUUUGUUUUAAACUCUCUGACAGCCAAUCUGGAUUCUUGAGAAGCAUAGUUAGACUAAAACGGUGGCUUUAAAUGAUCAGCCAACUGCUUAAACCUUGCAGAGAACGGCUAACAAAUAUGUAAUAGAGCAAAGUUAUUCAGUAAAAACAAUUGGAUGGAAAGUGCCAGCUACUUUAACUUUCAGACAUUUGGAGUCAUGACCAGCAUGCUCGAGCCCAAAUAACAAUUUGUUCUGUGAUUGAGACAACAUCUCCAGAUGGUUUAGAAUCGGAGCCAUACCGCUGGUGAAGAUGAAGUUUGAGAACAUCCUGGAGGAAGUCAACGGUUUUGGGCCUUUCCAGAUCUUCAUCCUCUUCCUGCUGUGGACUCCUCGAAUCGUUCUGCCCUGUCACUUCUUGCUGAACAUCUUCAUAGCAGCGGUGCCUCCUCAUCACUGUGAUAUAAGUAAACUCGCUGAUGGAGGACUCUUGGAAAAUUUAACUCAGGAGCAGAGACUGUCUGUCAGUGUUCCAGUGAAAGAAGACGGAGGCCUUAAAUCCUGUGAGAUGUUUGCAGAGCCUCAGUUUCAGCUCUUAGCCAACUCCUCUGACACUCUCCACAACACUGACAUGCAAAUGGUUCAGUGUCAGAGUGGAUGGGUUUAUGACAACUCCACCUUCACAUCCACCCUGGCGACAGAGUGGGACCUUGUCUGUGAUAGAAAAAGCCUGACAAAAACCACAGGCACAAUCUUCUUUUUUGGUGUGAUGAUGGGAGCCAUAGCUUUUGGAUACCUGUGUGAUAAGUAUGGGAGAAGAAACACACUUUUGGCCUCUUACAUCAUGGCGAUCGUGUUCGGUUUCUCCAGCGCAUUUGCGAACUCCUACAUUCUGUUUGCAGGGCUGAGAUUUCUGACUGGGUUUGGACUGACAGGAAUCAGCAUCAACUCAGCGGUUCUCACCAUCGAGUGGGUGGACACAGGUCAUAGGUCAUUUAUUGGUGUGAUGGGCAGUCUUGCCUGGUCUGUGGGCAACAUGCUGCUGGCUGGAUUUGCCUUCCUGGUCACUGACUGGCGGUCACUCAUCAUGACUGUCACAGCCCCACUGGGAUUCGCAGUCAUCACCUGGUGGUGGGUUCCUGAGUCUGCCCGUUGGCUUUUAGCCAAUGGUAAAGUUGAAAGCGCCCAGUUUUAUCUUGACAAAUGUGCUUCAUUCAACAAAAGACCCAAACUGUCAUCGAAAAUCAAACUGGAUGUACUGUCCAGUGUGGAAAUCCAGGAAAAGCAGGAGAAAAACUACACUUACCUCGACCUAAUCAAGACCCCCAAGAUGAGAUUGCUGUCCCUAAAGGCUGGGAUUGUGUGGUUUGGAGUGGCCUUGACUUAUUAUGGAAUCAGCCUGAACAUCAGUGGAUUUGGAUUAAACAUGUACCUCACACACUUUAUCUAUGCUGCCAUUGAAGUCCCUGCCAAACUGAUGAUCUAUUUCCUUCUUAACAUCAUUGGGCGGAGAAAAUGUCAGGCUGGAACUCUGUUACUGACUGGAUUCUGCAUCGCCAUAAACAUCUUUCUUCCAACAGGUCUGUGGCAUGUGCGUGCUGUUGUUGCCAUUCUAGGAAAAGGCUUAUCUGAAGCUUCCUUCACGACUGUCUUCCUCUACACGACAGAGCUUUACCCCACAGUUAUCAGACAAAAUGGUCUUGGGUACGUCAGCUUCAUCAGUCGUCUGGGAGUAUCAAUCGCUCCGCUCAUCUUGCUGCUGGAGGACGUGUGGACUCUUCUUCCUCAGAUCAUCAUCGGCUGCAUGGCCAUCAUUUCUGGCCUGGUGUCCCUGCUGCUUCCAGAGACAAUGAACGCGAGGCUGCCGGAGAUAAUCGACGACAUUGAAAAGCCAAGAAAAAAAGAAAUCUGCUCUCAAACUUCAGAGUCUGCCAGUGUCGUCUUGGAAUCAAAGAGUACAACAACAGAAACUAAGGAGUAAAGAGACAAGAAUAAAGAGGACUGUGUUUUUGUGCUCAUACACAUCAAACAGAACACGGGUAACCUUAACCCAUCUGGGCUUUACUUGAGCCAAGCAAUGUUUUUUGCUUGUGUUUUUCAGACACUGCUGACUGUUAUGAAAUGGAAAAAAUAAGAUAUAUCAGGAAAAUCUACAUAAA